AUGCAGCCCCUCGGAGGGCUGGCUGCAAGGCUCCAAGAGGACCCCCUCUUGUCCCUCGCCAUUGAGCUCGGACGUGGCGCUGAAGCGGUCUCAAAGCAGGCGGUCUCCUUCUGUCGUCUGUCUGUCUUUUUCUUUUUGACGCCUGGGGAUCCUUCCCCCCCCCCUGUUUUGUAUUCCAGACGACGAAGAGGAGGAUUUGUGCAGCUUAGAGAGUCCCCUCGUCGUCAAGAAGAAGAAACGAGGGCCGAGGAAGCAGAAGGAGAACAAGCCGGGGAAACCCAGGAAGCGCAAAAAAUUAGUCAGUGAGGAUGAGUUUGAGUCCGACCGAGAGGAGUAUCGGGCCAAGUCGGAGAGCGGGGGCAGCGACUAUGGGGGCGUUGGGAAGAAGAAACGGCGCAAACACCGGGAGAAGAAAGAGAAGAAGACCAAGCGGCGGAAAAAGACGGAGGAAGACGGAAUGCAAAAGCCAAAGGUGGAGCAGAAGUCCUCGGCCCAGCUGCUCAUGACUUGGGGCCUGGAAGACGUUGACCAUGUUUUCACCGAGGAAGACUACCAUACCUUGACAAACUACAAAGCCUUCAGCCAGUUUAUGAGGCCGCUGAUUGCCAAAAAGAACCCCAAGAUCCCCAUGUCCAAAAUGAUGACCAUCAUGGGCGCCAAGUGGCGGGAGUUCAGUGCCAACAACCCCUUCAAAGGAUCGACGGCCGCUGUGGCCGCUGCAGCCGCCGCCGCUGCGGCCGCCGUAGCGGAACAAGUCUCGGCUGCCGUCUCGGCCGUGAUCCCUUCACCUGAGCCCCAACACCUUCUGCAGCCCCCGGCUCAGCCUCUUCCCAUCCGCAAAGCCAAAACCAAAGAGGGCAAAG